AACCGGAGAUUCCGGCCCCCAUGUCAGAGCUGACAGAGACCGUGGUCUGUGCCCUGGGGUUGUCUGUGGGCCUCGUGGGCAUCGUGGUGGGCACCAUCUUCAUCUUCCAAGGCCUGCGGUCGGGUGGCCCCUCCAGACACCCAGGACCAUUAUGAGCCACACCUGCAGAGGAAGGUGUGUGGCCCUCUCCAGGGGAGACGUGGUGCACUGGACGACCUGGCACAGUGUGUUUUCUGGCCCAGUUCAUCGUCCUCGUCUUCCAUCUCGCUUUUCUCUUGGACCUGAGGCUGUGCCCUCUCACAGCUCACAUACCCUUAGAAUAGCCUCCUGACCUGACUUUUGGUUUUCGGCAUCUUUCGAAUCCUAUCUCCUGUAGAAUCCUUCUGAGACCCUGACUCAGUAGCCCCAUGAAACCAAUAAAUCACCUGUUAUAAGUUGUCAA